AUGCCGAAGACCCUUCGCCUCCUAAGGGAGGAUAUCACCUACUCCAAGGCUAGAACAGAAGAAGUCGACAUUCUCCUUCGACUUGGGUAUUACGAUCGACAGAAUGACUUCUUUGCUAGCCUCUCCAAAAACUUGGAUUUGAUUAAGGCCGUCGUAGGUCAUCAUUUAGGACUUUCUUCGGCCGACUUGUGCCAAGUAGCGGAUGUUGAAGAUUGGCUCCAUGGGAGCUUCAAUGUCUGUAUUCCAGUCUCUAUCAAUAAAUGGGAAGCUAGAUCACAACCAGGAACUCGGGUUCUCCUUCGACUGCCUCUGCCGCAUCGACUAGGUGAAGACUUCCGCCCAGGGAACUGUGACGAAAAGAUUAGGUGCGAAGCAGGGACAUAUGCUUGGCUUCAAGAAAACUGCCCUGAUAUUCCUAUACCUCGACUCUACGGCUUCGCCACCUCCGAUGGAGCGACUUUCACACAAAUCAACGAACUCUCACCUUUGAGCCGUUUUUUCCAAUACUCCCGCCGUCUGCUUCUUUCAUAUCUAGGAUAUCAACUCCCUUCGGCCUAUGUUGUCCAUCCUCCGCGAAACCUACCCGGUGCUUUGGCUACAGGAUACUUAUUAAUUGAGUUGAUUGAAAGUAACAAAGGCAAAAUGCUUUCGUCGACAUGGCUGGAAAGAUAUGACAAUCCUCGAUACCGGCAUACUCUUUUUCGUGAUCUCUCUCGAAUUCUCCUGAGUCUGACGCGCAUUCCACUCCCUUUGAUCGGCUCUUUUAUUAUCGACAAAGAUGGCUAUCUUGGCUUGAGAAACCGCCCUCUGUCGAUCGAGGUUCAAGCCCUAGAGAAUGACUACAUCCCCACGGAUAUGCCACGCUCUUAUACUUAUUCAACCGUUGAGUCCUACAUUGUGGAUCUUCUAAGGCUUCACAAUAGUCGCCUCAGACAUCAAGCAAAUGCGAUAAACCACCUCAGUGACUACAUCAAUCAGACAUCGGCUUUGGCUACAAUGCAAGCAACGUUCCCAUCAUUCUUCACACGAGAACUGUGCCGUGGGCCUUUCACCUUCACUCUCACGGAUCUCCACCCAAGCAAUAUCUUUGUUGACGACAACUGGCAGAUCACUUCGCUAGUGGACCUUGAAUGGGGAUGUUCUCGCCCCACGGAGAUGAUCCGCACACCGACCUGGCUUACUAACAAAGCCGUUGAUGAGAUCGCCGAGGAAGCCACCGAUUACGAUACUAUCCGAUCCGAACUCAUCGAAAUUAUGGCAAACGAAGAGAAAUCGCUGGGACUUGAAUCAAGAAAGCAAGGUCGAAUGGGGGCAAAUCUUUCCGAGAUAAUGGAUCGGAGCUGGCAGUCAGGAACUUUCUGGUUCUCUCUUGCACUUGCUAGUCCGACAGGCCUAUUCUCUGUUUUCUAUAAGCAGAUCCAACCACGUUUCAUCAGGCAUUGCCCAAAUCAUGAUGCUUUCCAUGAGACAAUACCAUGGUAUUGGUCUCAGGAUUUUGUUAGUGUUGGAGCCGCCAAGCAGCAAGAUAGAGUUGCCUACGAUACUCAACUUAAAGCAGCCUUUGGAGUUCUUGAUGAGGCGGAUUGA